AUGAAUUUUUUGUGUGGCUCUCAAAAGUGUGGUACAAGUAAAAUAAAAAACUAUGCCAAUAGCAAAAGGCUAUGUCGUAACAUUGUAAAAUACAGCCCAAACUGCAAGUUGCUGGUUGUUUCCAGUCCAGUAGAUAUCUUGACCUAUGUGGCUUGGAAGAUAAGUGUCUUUCCCCAAAAUCAUGUUAUUGGAAGUGGUUGCAAUCUGGAUCCAGCCCGGUUCCAUUACCUAUUGGGGGAAAGGCUGGGAGUUUGCCUAUUGAGCUGUCCUUGUGGGUGGGUCCUCGGGGAGCAUGGAGACUCUAGUGUGUCUGUAUGGAGUGGAGUCAAUGUUGCCGGUGUCUCCUUGAAGAAUCUGCGCCCUGAAUUAGGCACUGAUGCAGAUAAGGUAAAGAGAGGGCUUCACAAACAGGUGGCUGGCAGUGCUUACAAGGUGAGCCAGCUGAAAGGCUGCGUGUCGUGGGCCAUUGGACUGUGUGUGGCAGAUUUGGCAGAAAGUAUAAUGGAGACUCUUAGGCGGGUGCAUCCAAUUUCCACCCUGGUUAAGGGUCUCUGUGGAAUAAAAGAUGAUGUCUUCCUUAGUGUUCCUUGCAUCUUGGGAUGGAGUAGAAUCCCAGACGCUGUGAAGGUGACUCUGACUCCGGAGGAAGAGGCCCGUUUGAAGGAGAGCACACACGCACCUUGCGGGAUCCCAGAGAGUUGCAGUUCUAACCAUUUCUAA